CCCAUUGGCCGGGCUCGGCGUCAGUCAGUCCGUCUGCCGUUGGUGCCGGCAGCUUCCAGGCCUGCUUCUCCCCGGGGACGCGGGGGGCUGCGCCAAUAUGAGGACAGCGGAGAGCGCGGCGGCCCGCUCCAGCCGCGAGCUCUGGGCCGACAUCUGUGCGGCGCUGCCCGGCGCGGAGCAGGCGGCGGACGCCCGCGAGGCCUUUGCCGACUCCUUCGCGGGCGCGGGCGGCAGCGGCGGGAGCCCGGCGGAGGCGCCCGGCGGCCCCACUCGAGCCCCGCCGAAGCCGUGGGCGCCGCUGCAGGACUCCGCCGUGUAUCUGGCGUCGCUGGAAAGAAGACUGUUGAGAAUUAAGGGUUUGUCUCAGGAAGUGACCUCGAAGGACAUGCUGCAUACUCUUGCCCAAGCAAAGAAAGAAUGCUGGGAUAGGUUUCUGCAGGAGAAAUUUGAGUCUGAAUUUUAUAUUGAGCAACACGAAUCUGAUGAGAGCACUCUGGAAUAUUUAAAGCGGUGGCUCCAACCUGACAAAGUAGCAAUCAGCACUGAAGAAGUCCAGUGCCUAAUUCCUCCAGAAUCUCAUCCGGACAAGCAAGAAAAUGAGGAAGAACCUCCAGCAGCAGAACAGUGAAAUGCACUCCAGACACGUCAAGGCCUCCUAUCCAAGGACCAAUAGAGUUCAUUCAGUAGCAGUAACAACAGAUUGGGAGAGGAAAAGUGCCAAUUAUUGGUCAGUAAGCUAUUGGCCUUCAGAGAACAAACUUUGUGACUAGUGGUUGGUAUGGAGAGGGGCGAAGUGCUCUGCAACUCUGUGCAUGCUGGACCUAGAUCUUACUUUUUAUCUCAUAGUUUCAUAGUUGGUAGGGUCAGAAGGGACUUGAGCAGAUCAUCAAGUCCGACCCCUGCCAUGGCAGGAAAAAGUACUGGGGUCAAAUGACCCCAGCAAGUUGUUUGUCUAACCUCCUCUUAAAGACCCCCAGGGUAGGAGCCAGCACCACUAUGCUUGGAAGUUGGUUCCAGGUCCUAACUGCCCUGACUGUGAAGUAGCGCCUCUUGAUGUCUAGUCUGAAUCUACCCUCUGCCAGCUUGUGACCAUUAUUUCUUCUCACUCCUGGUAGUGCUCAGGGGAAUAGGGACUCCCACAAUGCCUGCUGGUCCCCUCUGACUAGUUUGUAACAGGCCACUAGAUCCCCCCUCAGCCUUCUCUUGUGGAGGCUGAAUAGGUUCAGGUCCCUUAGUUUCUCCUUGUAGGGCCUGCCCUGCUGCCCCCUGAUUAUGCAGGUGGCCCUCCCUCUCAAUGCUGCCCACAUUCCUCCUGAAGUGCGGUGCCCAGAACUGGAUGCAGUACUGCAACUGCAGCCUGACCAGUGCUGCAUAGAGGGGGAGGAUCACCUUGGACCUGCUUGAGACGCAUCUGUGGAUGCAUGACAAGGUGUGGUUGGCCUUCCUGACUGUGUCCCCACACUGUCAGCCCAUGUUCAUUUUGGCGUCAGUAAUGAUUCCAAGAUCCUUUUCUGCCUCUGCACUGACAAGAAGGGAGUUCCCCAGCUGUAGGCAUGUUGCACCUGGGGAGGAAGAACCAGCAGCACCUUGCACUUGUCAGUGUUGAAACCCAUCCUGUUCUCAUCUGCCCACCCCUGUAACCUGUCUAGGUUCAGUUGCAGCCUAUUUCUCCCUUCUAGCAUGCCCACAUCCCCCCACAUCUUAGUGUCGUCAGCAAAUUUGAACAGGGUGCUUUUUACCCCCUCAUCCAAGUCGCUGAUGAAGAUGUUGAACAGCGUGGGUCCGAGGACCGAGCUCUGGGGGACCCCACUGCCCACAUCCCUUCAGGUCGAAAAUGACCCAUCCACCACCACUCUCUGGGUGCAGCCCUCCAGCCAGUUAGCGACCCAUUUAACUGUGUAUGUGUUGAUGCCACAGUCCCCUAGUUUUUUAAUGAGAAUGGGGUGAGAGACAGUGUCUAAGGCCUUCCUGAAGUCCAGAAAGACUACAUCCACUGCUACCCCUGCGUCUAGGGAUUUUGUGACCUGGUCAUAGAAGGCUACCAGGUUGGUCUGAUGGGACCUGCUUCUAAUGAACCCAUGUUGGUUCUCAAUCUCCCAUCUUGUAGCAAUCUAGCCAUUCCAGGUUUAAAGGCAGUUAUUUGUAAUUUACCAAGAGCAGCACAGUGCUUAAAGUGGCUGUUUGGAAGUGUCAGAAAAUCUGAUGCUGUACAAUGGAGCAGAUUGAAAUCUUAACAACAGUCAUUUCUGCCUUAUUGGACCUCUUUCUGUAGUUAUCUAUUUCCCAGAAUUACCCUUUGGCUGCUUGCUUCAUGGGCUUUAUUCAGGCAUUGAUCCUUUGCAGCAAAUUGCACUGUGAUGUAAAACUGCACAGUUUGUCUAAGUUGGCUCUGAACUGUGUCUUGGAGAGGUAAGAAAUGUAAGUCAUGCUCAGGUUGGGGGCAGACUGAAGGAGACCCUACUCUCAAACAACUAUUACAGAAAUGUAUUUAAUAUUCCCUCUCCUUGUAACAUGCUGGACUAUCAUGUUCAUCAAACAAUCUGAUAUGGAAAGAAUUAUUGUAUGCUCUGCUCUGUGUCUCUGUCCCUCCAUUCAAACUCUUGUAACCGUGGAAAGGGACAGACCUGAUCAAAAUCAGGAAAGCAAAUGUAACAUGGGGGUUACAAGUAAGCAGCUUACUGCUUUUGUGUUAAAUAGUUCAAUAUGAGACUACUUUUUAAGCCUGUUCUUUUUACAUAAAUUUACUGUCUUUUGAUUCUUUGUUGCCUACGCAGAAUUGUCCCUGUAAUUCUUAUCUUGGAAUGAGUCUUGACUCUUGCAGUGUAGCUGCAAUUUCUCUUCUGUGAUUUGGCAAUGAAAACCAGCAGAGAAUAGCAGCCCGCACCUGCUACUGAGGACAGUUCUUAAAGGAAAACUGUAGCAAUUCGUUCUAAUGCUUUAUAGAGCUGGAUCUGCAUUUGGAAUACAAUAGAACUGUAUGAAAUUGCAGUUUUGAAACAGCUUUUUGACAUACCUGCCACAGUUUUCAUGUUGCAUGUAUAAGUGUGACUGGUGCUAUUAUCCUUUUUAGUGACAGUUGCUGUUUUAUUGCUUUAGCUGAGCAGAAAUUCCAUUCUAAUCACUCAUGGCUUGUCUACACAGGGAAAUUUACUAGCAGAACCAUAUUACUAUAAUUACAUUGACACAACUCUUUUCUCCAGAAUAAGUGGUCACAUGAAGGGUUAUGGUAUACAUCAGUCAGUAAAUUUCCCUAUUUAGACAAGCUCCUAGUUUUGAGAUUCUGGGGGAAUGCAUCAUUUGAAACAACGCCAGUGACGAAAGACUGAAUUCUGUUAGCUUCUGUUUAAAAUUUCACCAAUUUAAUUCCCCUACAUUUAAAAAUAAUAGAAUGUUAAGUCAAACUGGAAGUGUCCUGCUUUAUUAUACAUCUGGAUAAUGAGGUGUGUAUUCUGCAACUGAAACGACAUUGCCAAGCUAAUGAGAAUGACUUACUGUUUGAUAAGUGUAAGGAGAAAAAAAAAAAGCUACUAAUUUCCAUUUUUUCCUAAUUAGAAACGGUGGUAAGAUAUUUUAUGUUGUACUGCAUUUUUCCCUUUUGAAGCUGCUCUUAAGGGGAUCAUGCACAUGCAGAAUCUCAAACUAACUGUGAAACUCCCAGUCAAAAAUGUGGGCCCACAAGCGUAAUAUAUUGGAUAAUAUCAAACAGAAGUAAACUAGUCUUAGUGAGUUACAUUUUAUGUAUGAGUAAUUUAUAUUUUCAUUUCCAUUUUAGUAUGUUAACUUUUUUUGGAGAGAUCAAUCUUUAAUUUUUUUCUGACUUUUCUGUUGAAAGCACUGUAUAGAACUUCAGUGAAAAAGAGGGCCGGGUGGCAAGAACUUCGAGCAGCCCCAUACUUCACACUGACGUGCCAUCAGUAAUGUGACUUUCCCAUCCAUCAUGACUGCACUGUCUGCUGUUAGUGAAUUUCUGCUUCCUAAUAAACUGUGGACCUAUA